CAUAUUUCGUCGUAUUUCUUGCAGCGCUGGGACAGAGACGCAAGACGGAAACUGAUCCGUCUCGUUAACCGAUCCACAAUGAGUUAAAUGUAGUUAUUACAUUUUAUUUGUUUCUUACAAGUCACAUGUUUUUAGUGUAAAUCAAUCAGAGACAUGUAAGCCAAUCAUAAUUUGAAGAGUUUUUUUUUUCUUUUCUUUUUUUGUCUGUCUGAAUGAAAUUACUUACAGUCAGGUAAGAUUCCAACACAUUAUGGAAAGGUAUGGAGAUUUUUCUUUUGUUUUAGAUAUUUGAAGGUCUGACUUCCGGUUUGAACGUCAUCGUGAUGGCCGCGCUGUGAACGGGCUCCCGAGAGAACCUAAGAAAUUGAAAACCCAACCCCACUUAAACGACGAAAACAUACCUAUAAAGGUGGAAAAGAACUGGGGUGAGCGAAAUACUUCAAAACCGAUGCUUUAUAACGCCAAUAAGCGGACGUUUAAAGUCGAGAAAAUAUUGCUAGCAUUUUAGCUAAUGCCAACUGCUAUUCAUCUCAAACCUCCGGUGUGGAAAAUUACCGCUACACUUUUUGACUUGAACUAAACAAACAACAGUGAUACUAUGGCUGAAUGGGAGACGGUAUUGCAGGAAUUAAGAGGCUUCCGACAGGAAAAUAAGGCGCAUUUGGGGGAAAUAAAGGAAGAAAUUCGAAAGAUGAACACCAGACUAGAUGAGGCUGAGGACCGGAUUGAAAAAGCGGAGGAGAGGAUUUUAACCACGGAGGACGCCGUCACGGAAAUAAUAAAGCUACAGAUAAAGCUGGAGGAUAAACUAAUGGACCUAGAAAGCCGUACACGAAGAGAGAACAUACGCAUUUAUGGCGUACCCGAGGCGGCAGAACGGGACUCGGCAUCAAUGGGUGACUUUGUGGAGAAGUUGCUCCGUGAGGGCUUGGCGCUGUCCCAAGACGAGCUCGACAUACACAUUGAACGGGCUCACCGCUCUCUAGGCCCUCCGCCUCCAAGCGACGCUCCCCCGCGAUCUAUUGUUGUGAAAUUCCUCAGUUUUAAAACCAAAGAACUUCUCCUUCGCAAGGCAUGGCAGAAAAGAGGAUUUACCUGGAACGGCAAGCAAGUGAAUUUGAACCAUGACUAUCCCCCUCUGAUUUUGAAAAAACGAAGAGAAUACGCAGACGUGCGCAAGAUUCUGAAGGAGCAGCAAAUCCCCUUUCAGACUCUCUUUCCUGCCCGGCUGAGGGUGAAAUAUGGAGAUGAAACAAAGAUCUACAAUACAGUGGUGGAAGCUACUGAAGACAUGUCCAGUAGAGGCUACGCUGUGCGGGUCGUUAAGUCACCAGAAACGGCCCUGGAACAUCUGAAGCAGCUGACCUGGAGCAGAGUACGCGGCGGACAGGGGAGUGGGCCAGCAAACAAGAGGCGGGACCCCGCAGCCGGCUACAAAGAAAAACUUAGAGCCUUCAAGAGGUCUUCUCCCACGCACAAGGAAAAUUAAGGUUUAUCCACUCUGUUACUAAUAAUCAAGACUUGUAUUUGGUUUAUGAAGUACAAUAAGUAAAUAAGGCAGGUUUCUCGCGGUGCUCUUUACACUGAGGCCAUAGCCACCAAGGGCCCCUUCACUAACUGAUGAAGAAGCUGCCUCUGGAGGUGAAGCAGGGUUCUCUUUGGAGACCCCCACCUUGGAAGUCAAGAGUUCAGUUUGAGUUUUGUUUGUUCUUAAUGUUAACUUUUUUAUAUGUUCUAUGUUCAGUGUUUUUAAGAGUGAGCGGGGAGCCCAAUAAUCUUUGUGAUAUAAUUAAGAAAUAUAAGUUAGAUGAGUAGCAGGUUGAUAAAAUUGGUGUCAAACAACAUUAAUGGUUUACAUAGUCCAGUAAAAAGGCAGAAAGUCCUAUCUAAAUUUAAGAGAGACAAAACCCAAAUUGUUUUAUUGCAGGAAACACAUCUACCGGAUAGCGAGCAUGUUAAAUUAAACAAGAUGGGUUUUAAACAUGUGUUUUUUUCUUCCCACAGUUCUGGGAGGCGAAGGGGAGUGGCAAUUUUGUUAUCUGGAAAUCUUAACUAUGAACACAUAUCGGAGUACAAAGAUAAAGAAGGUCGCUACAUAAUGAUUACGGGCAGGAUUGAUGGUACCAUGACCACCAUCCUGAAUAUAUACAUUCCACCGGGCAGUGAUUGGUCCCUGUAUAGACAGGUUCUCGAAAUUGCAACAACGAAGAGUCAGGGAACUUUAAUAUGCGGUGGUGACUUCAAUAUUUUACUAAACACCAAAUUUGAUUCUUCUAGUGGGAAAGGCGAUGGACGAAAUAUUGGUAGGAGGAUGGGACACCUCAUGGACGAUUUAGGAUUAGUUGAUGUAUGGCGAGAACAUCACCCAACUAAUAGAGAAUACACCCACUUCUCUCACCCUCAUAACUUAUAUUCUAGGUUAGAUUACAUUCUUACGUUCAAGAAUGAUUUGUCUAAAAUUAAAACCUGUGAAAUCGGUCCAUGUACAAUCUCUGACCAUAAUCCAGUUUAUGCUGAUAUUUGUCUGAACAGGAAAAAUAGAUCUACAUUAUGGAGGAUGAACACAAAUAUUUUAAACUACCCAAACAUUAAAGAGAAUUUAAAAAAAGAAAUAGAAAAUUAUUUAGCUCAAAAUGAUAAUGAGGAGGUGUCACCAGGAAUAUUAUGGGAUGCAAUGAAGGCAGUGAUUAGAGGGAAAAUAAUUAGUAUAUCCACCCACUUAAAAAAAGAAAACAUACAAAAACGUAAAUACCUGGAAGAUAAAUUGUUAAAACUGCAACACGAACACUCUGUGACUAUGAACGACAGCAUUAAAUCGGAUAUGGUAAAAUUUAAAAAAGAAUUAGAUGACCUAAACAUGGUUGAAGUACAGAAAAAAAUAAUUUUUAACAAACAGCAGUAUUGUGAUGUUGGCGGGAAAUCAUUAAAACUUCUUUCAUAUAAACUCAGAAAGCAGCAAGCAGAGAGGACUAUACACAAAAUAAGAAAUCCUUUAGAUGGCCAAUUAGAAACCGAAGAGGAGAAAAUUCAACAAUGUUUUCAGAACUAUUACAGAAAACUUUACUCCCAAACCCAUGUAGAUAAUAAUCAAGAAGUUAAUACUUUUCUGUCUAAAUUGGAGCUACCAACAGUGACGGAGGAACAAAAUAAAUUGUUAGUAUCCACAAUAACCAGUGAAGAAAUUCACUCGGCAAUUAAAAGACUAAAAGGGGGUAAAAUGGCAGGGUCAGAUGGAUUUGGACCAGAAUGGUAUAAAAUAAUGCAGGAUCAUUUGACUCCCACCUUGCAGAAAACAUUUAAUUGGGUAAUGAAGGGAAAAAUUGUACCCCCGUCAUGGAAAGAAGCAAUAAUCUCUAUAAUUAAGAAAGAAGGAAAAGAUAACCUAAAUUGUAGCAACUACCGCCCAAUCAGUGUAUUAAAUAUUGAUUAUAAGCUGUUCACUUCCAUCAUCUCUAAGAGACUUGAAACUAUCCUACCAGGACUAAUACAUAAUGAUCAAACAGGCUUUAUUAAACAUCGACAAACUCAAGAUAACAUUAGGAAAGUUUUACAUAUUAUGAACCAGGUUCACAGA